GUUUAUCCUGCUCUCUCGUCCCAUGCGUUGCUGAUUGGAGAGCACCUUCCUUAUUAGAUUUCUCCUCCUCGACUUCUCCAGAAACUUCGCGCUUGUAAGAAUCUUUCACCAUUGCAAUGGCUUUCACUGUUAGAUUCAAUGUCUCCCCUUAUUCAAGUUCGGGUGGUCAGCGAAGUUGGUUUUAAGUGUUGGGGGGUAAAAAUGGAUGGUAAAAAUGGGGCCAGCGCCAAGAGAACGAUUUUGCAUGAUCUCUACGAGAAGCAAAAGCAGAGCCCGUAUUAUGAUAAUCUUUGCCGUCCCGUUACAGAUUUGCUUCCAUGGAUUGCAAGAGGAGUCAGAGGUGUCACCAGCAAUCCUGCGAUUUUCGACAAAGCCAUAUCGUCAUCCAAUGCUUACAACGACCAAUUGAGGGAACUAGUUAAGUCAGGGAAAGAUGUAGAAAAUGCCUACUGGAAUUGGUUUGUGAAGGACAUACAAGAUACCUGCAAGCUCUUGGAGCCUAUCUACGAUGAACAAGAAGGGGAAGAUGGGUACGUGUCUGUUGAAGUCUCGCCCAAGCUUGCUGAUGAUACAAAAGGAACAAUUGAGCAGGCAAAAUGGCUCCAUAAAAAGGUUGGAUGCCCUAAUGUGUAUAUAAAGAUUCCAGCAACUGAAGAAUCCCUUCCUUCCAUAAAGGAGGUCAUUUCUCAGGGGAUAAGUGUAAAUGUCACUCUCAUAUUCUGUCUCUCUAGAUACGAAGCAGUGAUUGAUGCUUACUUAGAUGGGCUUGAAGCUUCUUCCAUGACUGAUCUUUCCAUGGUUCAAAGUGCGGCAGCUUUCUACAUCAGUAGAGUAGAUACUGUAAUUGACAAGAAACUUACAGAGAUUGGUACUGAUGAGGCUCUACGCCUGAGAGGGAAGGCCGCAGUAGCUCAAGCAGUUUUAGCUUACCAGAUUUACCUGAAGAAGUUUUCUGGUCCAAGAUGGGCGCGUCUGGAGAAGAGAGGUGCCAAAAAGCAGAGGCUGAUGUGGGCCUCGACAAAUGUGAAAAAUCCUACUUACCCCGACACCUUAUAUGUUGCUUCUCUUAUUGGACCAGAUACGAUUUCAACCAUACCAGAGCAAGCUCUAAAAGCAUUCAUGGACCAUGGUAUUGUUUCAAGAACCCUAGACGCAGAAGUAUCAGAGGCCCAGCGCAUAUACAACGCAAUAGAGAAAUUGGGAAUUAAUUGGAGUGGUGUUGGAUCGCAAUUAGAAACUGAGGUGCUGGAUUCUUUCACAAAAUGUUUUGACAAUGUUCUUGAAUGCCUGCAGAAAAAGGCUAGAGAAUUCAUCACUGUUUAGCCUGCUCUUCUUUUCUGUAUGAUCACCAUAACCCUAAAUUCAAAAUGGUGUAGAGUAGCAUAUUUGGUUUGUGUCGAAUAAUGGGAGAAAAGUGUUCUAUGAAAAGCCAAUUCGGGGGAAAAAAUCUUUAAUGAUUUAAUGAUUUAUUGAUUUUCUAAAAUGACUCGUAUGAAAGACAAAA